AGAGAUCAAUUUAAGUCGGAAAUUCCCGUGUUUCUUGACGAGAUCUAUUUCCCUGUUAGCGAAAUGAAGACAUCCACGGCGCACCAAAAGAGAUAUCUUCUUUCGAUUAUUCACCGCAUCUGCAAGGCCCCUAAGAUUUUGAUCGAGCUCUACCUGAACUAUGACUGUGACACUUCUAUGCCGAACUUGUGUGAGGCUAUUAUGGAUUACUUGGCAAGAUUCGCGCUGAUGCGAGUGGACGCGACACCAACGCAGAAAGUCAGUUACAGAGAGAGUUUGACUAGAAAUCUGGCCACAUACAACUUGUCUGAUGUCCCGCAACUGAAUGUUUCAAAGAUGAGUGGACACCCGCCAAAUCCCGAUGCCUCCCUCAACUUCCCGAUCGAGUACGCUUUGAAAAUGACCUCAAUUGAUUGCAUUCUUGCGUUCUUGAAGUCACUCAAUUCUUGGAGUGGAAAACCUUUGGUCACCACAAUCGCUGCAGAAGGAGACAAUGCACCAUAUUCUCACCGGGACCGAGCUCUUACGAGUAGUUCUAUGCUAUCGCAAGCUUCAGUCCAGGAGUCUACUAAUGGCUCUGUCAGUGAUACUAUUACCUCUGCCAACGAAGAGACCUCUGUCUCUCAGUUUGAUAGCAUCAAGCAGAGAAAGAACGUGUUCCUGGACAGUAUACGAUUGUUCAACUACAAUCCGAAGAAGGGACUGAAAAGUCUGCUAGAUAACGGAUUCAUUUCUUCGGAUUCUCCUCGGGAUAUUGCAAAAUUCCUGCUGGAGACUGACAUUCUGGAUAAAACGGCAUUGGGAGAAUUCCUGGGAGAUGGGGAUGAGAAGAAUGUGACAAUCAUGCAUGAAUUUGUUGACCUGAUGGAGUUUAAAGACAAGAAAUUCCUUGAUGCUUUGAGAUACUUCUUGCAACAUUUCAGACUGCCUGGUGAAUCGCAGAAAAUUGACCGGUUCAUGCUGAAAUUUGCUGAGAAAUACGUGAACGAUAAUCCGUCCACAUUUGCCAAUGCCGACACAGUGUAUGUUCUAUCUUACUCUGUUAUCAUGCUCAACACAGAUCAGCACUCGCCACAGGUGAAAAAACGAAUGACUUUGGAAGAUUUCAUUAACAACAAUAGAGGCAUUGAUGAUGGCAAAGACCUUGAUCAUUCGGUGCUCGAGCAAAUUUAUACGGACAUUCAAAACGACGAGAUCAUGCUAAAAAGCGAGCAGCACGCCGCGCUCGUAUCCAGUGACUUUCAUCCGAUGCAACCAUCGUUCUUUGGUGGCAGAGAUUUGGCCAAAGAGGCGUAUGCCAAAGCAUCCAAAGAGAUGUCCUCGAAGACAGAGGAGGCGGUUAAAAGUAUCAGAAACACCUACAAGAAAAACUCCAAAGUUGUGUUCUAUACAGCCGACGUUGGCAAUAAUGCAGACCAUGUGAGGUCUAUGUUUGACAAUCUUUGGAUGUCCAUCUUGGCCGGUCUUACGCCGCCUUUCAAGGAAUAUGAUGACGAUGAAACUUCGAGAAUCCUGCUCGAAGGAAUUAAGGUGUCUAUUCACAUUUCUUGCAUGUUUGAUUUGGACUAUGCAAGAACCUCCUUCAUUAGGGCACUGGUUCAAUUCUGUAAUUUGAACAAUCCUGAAGAACUCAAGAACAAAAACAUUGAUGCUGUUUAUGCCUUAUUGGAGGUUGCCGUGGACGAAAACUCCAAGCUUGGCUCAUCUUGGAAAAGUAUUUUAACUUCAAUUUCUCAGAUAGAACGAUUGAAAUUGCUGUCCCAAGGAGUCGACUCUGAAAGCAUUCCGGAUUUGCUCAACGCUAGACUAGCAAGCAGACAUUCCACUGAGAGUUACAGAUCGCAUAAUUCGAAUCAGCUAUCCUUCUUCUCCUUCGGGAAAAAACAAACAAUUGCGGAACAAACUUCCCAGCACCAUUUCAGUCAGAAACUAAGCUCAGAAAUGGUUGUUCGUAUCAGUUCGACAGACCUGGAUGUCGCAAUCGAUAAGGUGUUUUCCAAAAGUUCUGAAAUCGAGGGAAACGGUAUCUUCGAUUUCAUUGCAGCACUUAGCGAAGUGGCACACGAAGAAAUUGAGUCGUCAGGACAGAGUCAGAACCCACGGAUUUUCUCGCUACAAAAAAUGGUUGAUGUCUGCUACUAUAACAUGGGUAGAAUCAGAGUUCAGUGGUCCGCGCUUUGGGCGGUGAUGAACGAGAAGUUCAAUGAGUUCGGCUGUCAUCAGAAUAUCUCGAUCGCUUUCUUUGCACUGGACUCUCUCCGGCAGCUCUCGGAGAGAUUCUUUGCCAUCGAGGAGCUUUCUCAUUUCAAGUUCCAGAAAGAAUUUCUUAAACCUUUCAAUUAUAUCGUACUGCACAGUCCACACUUGCAAGUCCGUGAAAUGGUUUUGGAUUGUGUGCAAUAUAUGAUCCAUAAGAAAGCUGAUCUCAUCAAAUCUGGUUGGCAAACGUUACUAGAGAUUCUCACAAAUGCAGCUAAAGACAAUAAUGAGAAGUUUGUUGCAAAAGGCCUCUCAUACACGAGCAUGAUUAUGAAGUCACACUUUGACCAAAUAUUGAGUCUUGAUGCUUUCUCAUCCUUGGUCGUUUGUCUAACUGAAUAUGCAAAGAACGAACAAUUCCAAAAAUCCAGCUUACAGUCGCUCAAUUUAAUGAAAAAGUUGACCAAGACGAUUCCGAAGACGUUGGAGGAACACGGGGAUAUAUAUUCGGCCGAAGAUCUUUGGUUCCCUCUUUUGUUUGGCUUCCACGAUGUUGUGAUGAAUGGAGAAGAUCUUGAAGUCAGGUCCAAAGCGCUGAGCUUUACUUUUGAUGCCUUAGUCGAAAAUGGUGGCCAGUUUGAAGGAAAGUUUUGGGACAAGAUUUGCGAAGAGCUACUAUUCCCAAUUUUCGGUGUUUUGGGAGAUCGUUGGGAGCUCACUACCCAAGAUGAUCUUUCUGUCUGGCUUUCUACGACUUUAAUUCAGGCCUUGAGAAACAUGAUUGCUCUGUUCGGCUAUUAUUUUGAUACACUGAGCGGGAAGAUGGAGGGGUAUUUGAAGCUUCUUGUUUCGUGCAUUUGUCAACAGAAUGAGACCAUCUCCAAAAUAGGUAUUUCGUGUCUGAAGGAGCUUAUUCUAGACAAUAUGACUAAAUUCGAUGCAAAACACUGGGAGCUAGUUAAUAACUCGUUUGCUGAACUAUUUGAUUUGACCACGGCCAAAGAGUUAUUCAAAGCCGAUCCUCUGAGACUGUCGAACGGAGAGAAGCAGGAGACAUCCGACGGAGAGGAGUCUGAGUUGCAUGAAAGUCCAGCGAGCGAGUCAGAUCUGGAACUCCCUGUUCCCCUAAACCAAUCGAGAGAGAAAUCAACCAUUGUAAUCAAAUGUGUUCUUCAACUCCAUGUUAUACAGAUUCUUUCGGAACUGUUUGACAUUGACGAGUUUUACCAAACGAUUCCUGUUGCUAACCUUUUGAAGUUGUCAGACUUGUUGGAGCAUAGCUACAAAUUUGCAAGAGAAUUUAACGAGGAUUACAAUUUGAGAGUCCGUCUGUGGAAUGCAGGUGUCAUCGACAAACUUCCAAACCUUCUAAAGCAGGAAACUUCCUCGGCCGGUGUCUACAUUAGCAUACUCUUCCGUCUUUACUGUGAUUCUGGUCGCGUCAAUAAGGAAGCUAGGGAAAGGAUUGUUGGGAUCCUGGUCCCAAUGGGCGUCACAAUCCUCGAAAGGUAUGUGAGCUUGAAUGAGACAGAGCAGUCAAGAAAUAUUCAAAGCUGGAGACCCGUUGUGGUGGAGAUAUUACAAGCAUACAGUGAGCUGGAUCAUGAAGACUUUUUACGAUGCUGCCCGGUUGCGUACGACCUUGUUUUGCAGCUUUUCGAUAAGAAUUUGAUGGCAGACCUGAGAGCUGCUAUUAAGGACUUUCUGACAAGAGUUGGUGACGCUUACGUUUUGGAGAAGAAAGAGUAGAAUCCUUAUAUAGCAUUUGUUUUUAGACGGCACUAAUUAAAAUAUCCGGUGCUUCAAG